AUGAGUCGGUUCUCUAGCACCGUCAUCGACCUGACCGAAGAGUCGCCACCGGCACCCUUGCGCCCCAGACCAACACCAACCUCAAGGCCUAUAACGAAUUCCUCAAGACCUACACCUACCUCGACUGACACUCACAUCUUCGACUGGUCGCACUGGCCCAACAGCCGUCCACAUUCCACCAACUCUGCAGAUCCGGGCCCAUCUGCCUCAUCAAGCAACCCAAGCAGCGCAGCACGGACGCGCGAGCGUAUCGUCCCUGGCUCGUCCCGUCCCCGCCCUGAACCCAUCGUCGUCGCUAGCGAUGACGAGUCCGACGCCGAAGACCGUAGCUUCACCAUCGUAGGCCAGUCCGAGCAAGCGCGGACCAACGUCCCGCUCUUCCGCUCCCUAUCGACCGGCACGCCAGCCUCUUCGAGUCGUCCAGCGCAGUCGACAUCAGCCUCAUCCCUCCGCUUCCACGACGCGAUAGGCAGAGGGCCUCACAGCCACAGCUCGCGCAUCCCGCAAGGCUUUGGCAUCCUCGGCUCCUCACCGACGGCGCGCCAUCCGCUCCUACCACAGCAACGCGCAGCAAUCCCGUCGACCAGCACGACCACGGCGAGGAGAACGUCUGGGCUCAGUGCCAACACCGCAAACCUUGUCUCCCGGCUGGGUGGAGAUUGGCCUUUCGCAUCCCUCACCUUUGGCGGCAUGGAGAUGAUCGGCUCCCUGCUGCGAGGACUCCAUUCGAGCGGCCCUGCUUCGCACCCGCAGAGCGCGGAACGCAAGGUGCCGCAGAAGUACGAUCCCACUUGGACACAUCCGCACGAAGUGCAGCCCGGCUUCUCGCAUUCGAUCAUCGAGCCGCCCGUCGACCUCGACACGUACUUUGACGACAAGGCGAUCGUCACCGGGCCCUUACCCGAUACUACACCCAUCUGCGCAGGCUGCCGCCAUGCGUUGGUGACAGGCGCAAACGAGGACCAAAGGAUUUGGGUGCUGCCGUGCGGUCAUGUCAUCGACGGCCGAUGCAUCGACCGUCUCAGUGGGAUCGAGAAGGAGUCUGCAGAUGGCGGCGACGACGGGGACGUCCGCGGAAAGGGCAAAGCCAAGGCGGUUGACCCCCCAGAGGAAGAGCCUCGAUCGAAGUCGGCCAGAACAUCCGCGCGGACUCGAGCCAGCACAGCCGCCGCCAAGCCAACCACUCCAAAGAAGGCAAAGAAACCCAAGCGCUUCGAAUGUCCUGUCGGUCCGCAGCUACAUCACGCCAGUCAGUCGACACUGCAGCAUUUCCGUUUGCAUCCCGCAUCCCGCAUCUCACUGUACUUUUACUCAGCUCUUACUGAACAAUACCAGCACAUAGACGAACGGGAAGAGGGGAUCGAGGAUGCUGAGCGGAGCGAAAUCUGCGAGACGCGCACCUCCAAUCACCGCUUCCGCACUCGACGCUUUGUACCGGCGAUCGUCGACAUGACCGAGGCGGACAGGUCGCCGUUCUCGGCGCCGAACACACUGGACAGUGGUCUGAGUCGGAGCGACCAGGAAGAUGUGGCUGGCACGAGCGCUCGAGAAUGGAAGGCGCUCUUCGCUCCCUUGCAGCCCAAUGCCGCUUCGUCGUCUUCUGCAUCCACUCGCGCGAGCAUCAAGCGCGCCAACACGGCCGAUUCAUCCGUAUCGACUCGUCAGCAGCAAGUGCGCGGACGCGGUGGGGCACCACGAGGUCGUGGCGGACGUACGCAGGCUUCACGCCGGCUUCUGGACGCUUCGGAUGCGGCUGCAUCGUCGCCGCCGUCGUCUCCGACUGACCCGGUCUCGCGCAUCCGUCACAAGAUCGUCACCACCCCUCUGCCGCCGGACUCGGUGCUGACGCCGACGGGAACGACGUACCGCAGUGUGGUGUGGAAGCUGCUGCUGGAUAUCCGCGAUCUGGACGUGGCCGAAUACCUCUCGCUCGUAGCCAAGGGCAAGUCGCCAUCGCACGACAAGAUCCGCAACGACACCUUUCGCACGCUCGCCACCGACCAGGGCUUCAAGGAACGCGUCAAGGAAGAAAAGCUCAUCCGGUUACUCGAUGCAUUCGUCUGGAAGCACAACCGCUCCGACGACAGCGCCGAUGAGGCUGAUGCAGACGCAGAUGUGUACGAGUUCAGCUACGUGCAGGGAAUGAACGUGCUCGCUGCCCCGUUCCUGUACACGCUCGAGAGCGAGGUCGAGGCAUUCCGAUGCUUCAGUCGCUUCAUCGAGUACUGUUGCCCGCUUUAUGUUCAACCCACUCUCUCUGGCGUCCAUCGUGGACUUCAGCUAUUGGAUCGAUGUCUUGAGCUGCUGGAUGCGCCGCUGUACCACCACUUGCGGGGCAAGAACUUGUCGGCAGAGAUCUACGCGUUCCCGUCGGUGAUGACGCUGUGUGCCUGCACACCGCCUCUUCCCGAGGUGCUGCAGCUGUGGGACUUUCUGCUUGCGUUUGGUGUGCAUUUCAACGUGCUGUGCAUCGUUGCACAGCUGCACAUCAUGCGUGCCGACCUGCUCGAAUCCGUCAGCCCCAUGAAGCUUCUUCGCAACCUCCCCCCGCUCGACGCUCGCAAGAUCAUCAACGUCACCGUCACCCUAGCCCGCGAUAUCCCCGCCGACCUCUUCCAGGAUCUCGUCAAACAUCCUUACCAUCCAGACAGUGUCGCUACUUUCACCUGA